CAAAUGACGUUACAGCUGGCCUGCAGAUGCAAGACAUGGAGGUGCUGGCGUGUCUGUCAGUAGUAAAGUAGAUCUACUGAAGGAAGAAAAAUAGAGAAAAAAACAAUGUGUACAGUACCAGGGAUAGCCGAGUCGACGUAUAAGAUGUGCUACAGGGGUGAGAUACCACGCAUGCCGUUCAUCAGAUACAAAACAUUGCCCUGUAUGUAUCCAGCUGAAUCUAAAAUGUCAUACAGACAAGGUGAACAGAGUGAGUUUGGACGGAAAAGAGUAGCUCAGCAUAUACCGCAUCCACCUGCGCUCCCAGCUCCCGCCAAGCCACGCCCUGUUUCUGGUGUAAAGUUGCCAUGUACAAGCAGAAGCUUGCAAAACAUAGUGACUGACACGAAAUUUGGACCUAUGGACAUGGAAACAAUGGAAAAACUUUACAACAAAUAUAGAUACACCACGUUCGCACAAAAGGCAGCAGCCGAAUGCGAUCUACAACUUGAAAAGCCCGAACCACCCACCUCUUUGGACCCGAAGGCGGACAUGGUUAGACUCUAUGCAAAACGGUACGAGGCGAGUACUGAAGAAUGGCAAGAUGCCGUGUUGUGGGACAGGCUGCAGUCAAGAUACCCAACGAACCAGCAUAGAAGUCCGCGUAAGAAGAAGUUGCUCAACAACAGACAAAAUGGUUUGGACGAACGUCGACUGAACAUAAUCAGGAACCUAGUGCGAACUGACGGUCUUGCAAAUGUUUUUGUACGUAAAUGCCCCGGAUAUGCAGGCUACAAUUCCCUGUGUCCACCAGAGACAAAGCUUAACGAUAAGAAGAAUCCGCCGGAAUGGUCAACCAUCAUGUCCGCUUCCUACGGAAAAUUUCCUGAUCAUGUGUACGAUAAACAGAGCUUUGCAAGACAAGGUCCCUUCUCGCAGACCGUGACCUUGACCUACCCGUUCAACCCUUUUAACAAGGUGGGCGAGGAUAUUACGACAGAGAAGGCGGGCCUUUAUUCUACCAAUGGCUACUUCUUUGGACUGAUUGGCUAA